AUGGCAUCAACAAGCCCCUCCAACCCCGAAAUCGAAAUCGAACCCCCGUACCGCUGCGCCAACCUCUUCACCCCCCCUCAAAUCCAAGCCAUCCUCACCUUCCUCAACUCCCAACCCUCUCCGCACGUCCGCAUCUCCUGCAAGAACUUCCUCAAGCUCCUCAACACUGUGUCCAACGACCCCAAAACACAACCCUACACCAACCUCAAACACAAACUGGAGAACGCAAAAGACAGCCAGACCUCGGAACGGUACGAUGAGGAGGAUGAGGCGGAUAAGGGGGAGUUCGUGGCGCCUACGGGGAGGGAGGCUAGUCUGGCAGACCAUUUUAGGGUGAAGGAUGAGAUGCAGGGGUGGUCGAGUUGGAAGUUUGGGGAAAUGGAUGUGAAGAGGGAUUUUGGGAGGGUUUAUGUUCAUUUUUUGAAGGUGCAUAACUUGGUUCAUGGGUGGGAGGUUACGGGUGGGGAGAUUGGGCAGGGGUAUGUGAUUGGGGAGAAGAUGGAGGAGGCGGAGGAAGAGACGGGGGAGAAGAGUGGGAGGAGAUGGUGGGAGGGUUUGAGGAGAUGA